AUGGCUGAUCCUCUAUCCGUCCUUGGUGGACUGGCGGCGGGAAUGCAGCUUGUUUUAACUGCUGCGAAAGCAGUUCUUGCUACUAUCAAGCUCAUGAAAGACAUGAAGGGAAUACCGCAACGAAUUUCAUCACUCCUCAACGACGUAGCCGACUCGAUAUCUCGCCUGGGUGAUAGUUGCAACGCCGGAUCCAAGCUUUUACAGAAGCUGGAAACUUCCCAAGUGAACCGUCUGUCGCGAUGCGCAAGCGCGCUUUAUCCGGCUUUGAAAGACAUCCACAGCAUGUUGACGCCCCUUAUUAGUAGCAAUCAAAGCAAAGGCAAAUCUGUCCGUCGCUUGUGGAAGACACUCCUGUCGCUGAAAGUGGAGAGGGAGUUAUCAGAGAAGCUUGGAAAGCUGAACAGGCUCAACUUGGAGGUAGUUCGAGAGCUUGGGUUUAUUGGACUGGAGUUCCAUUUGGGCACAAAUGCGCUUGUUAUGUCAAGCACUGCGACUUCCACUGAGAGAUUUUCCAACAUCGAAGCCAAGAUGGAUUCACUAAGAGAUGAAUUCGAGAAAUUCACUUCAUCGAUCCACCAGGCACAUGCUGUUACGUUGGAACCCCCGGAUAAACUCAACAGCGAUUCUAUAGAGUGGUCUCCGUCGCCAAACAAUGAAUUAGUCGAGAGCAGACAAUGCUCAGACACCAUUUCGAGCCCAAUACCAUAUUUCGAAGAAGGUAGAAAAACUCUAAAAGAACGCGAAGAGCAAAUACGGCGUUACCUUUCCAAAACCCCUUCCUCAAACAACAUAUCAACAAGCCAGCAUUUCAACGCAAACCUCGAGUUUGUUCUCUUCAACAUCCGGACCUUUUACACCGAGGGAAACUUUGACCCUCCGCCAGCCAUACAAAGGGCGGCUUUUUGGAAAGAUACCGAAAGUGCAAUCUAUUUCAUGAAAGUUACCAAGGGAGCGGUACGCGGGUCAAGCCAAAGUCAGACUCGAGGGUUACGGCUUCUCAAGAAUUCUACAGCCGACGCAAGCAGUGACUUGAACCAAGGCACUGCUAUUUUACUGAUUGAAUUACUGAGCACGUUAUCUCCCAUCAACACCACCACCUGCCCUUAUGUCCGAGAGAGCAUGCUCCAGUACCUUAGUGAGCUGGCACGAAAGCAGCUUCCCCGCGAUCACCCCAUUGCUCUCGUCAUCAACAAGCUCAAAGACGACAAUGGCGACAAAGACCUUACACUACGCGCCUUCACUUUCAUCGUUGAACGACUGCGAGCCACACUUGGCCCGAUCCACGAACUGACACGCUUUGCGACCAAGAGUUUGUGCGCUCUUCUCCGCCGCAGCGGCGACUACGUCGAAGCACUGCGCGUAACGAACGACGGUCUUCGUGCAAUCCGUGCGCUUCUGGGCCCAGGCUCAUUGCAAGAACGCUUGCUAUCCCGUCAGGUCGAACACGUCUACAUGGACCAGUGCGACUGGCCCGCAGCGCUGGGCGUGUGCUUCGACAUUGUGGGACAGAAGCACCUUGGUGCUCCAAACCCGGAUCCGCGGUACCAUGAUACUUGCGCUGUGCACACCAUGGAAGAUAUUGCAAAGAUUUGUGAGUCCGUUGGAAAUUUGGAACAGGCUGUUGCGUGGUUAAAGCAGGCAAGAAUCAGCGGUGGUAUGGCUUGGGGACGCACUGAGGAGCUGGCGCAUAUUCAGGAUAAGCUCAAUGAACUAUUGAAGCAGAUGGGAAGGGAGGAUGAACUACAACUUUGGAGUACGUCAUUUGGUCCUGAGAUUGAUAGUCAACAAGUAGAGUAG